GCCCCAAAGCAGCAGCGCUGUCGAGUGUCCGAAGCUUGAACUUCACUCCUCCCUCCCUCUAUCUCCUUCUCUCUCUCUCUCUCUCUCUCCACUCGCAUAUCCAGAAAUAGAGGGAGCUUGAGUACCCCCCCGUGAGAAGCUUUUAAUGACCAGUGACCACCUGCUGCUACUGACCCUCUCCCUCUCUCUCUCUCUCUCUGAGGUGGCUAAGCCUUUCUUGGAUUCCAAAGCGCAACUGAAACGAGCAACAGAGCCAUUCCUUCCUCCUUCCUCUCUCUCUCUCUCUCUCUCUCUCUCUUUCCUUACACAUUCACACACAUUUAUUUGCCUUUGCUUCUUGAUAAAGCCCAGGAGAAAGAACAAGGGGUGUUUCUCUCUCGUUGAGCUCCCGUUGUUCGGAUCUGUCAAGCCGCGUUUCCCCUGCUUCAAUUCUUGAGUCAUGAGUAAAGAAGAGAUUUUGAAGAUCCAGACCUGCGCGCUUAAAGUGAAUAUCCACUGUGAUGGGUGUAAGCAGAAGAUCAAGAAAAUCUUGCAGAAGAUUGAUGGUGUGUUCAAAAUCGCCAUAGACUCAGAACAGGGCAAAGUGACGGUUGCAGGGACUGUAGACCCGGCUUUGCUCAUCAAGAAGCUGGUGAAAUCAGGAAAACAUGCAGAGGUAUGGGGUGCUCAAAAGCCCAACAACAGUAACAAGAACAACAAUCAGAGCCUUCUCAACAACCAGCUCAAGAACAUGCAAAUCGACAAUGGCAAAGGUGGUGGUGGCAACAACAAGGCCCAAAAGGGUGGGAACAACAACAGCAUCAGCAACAGCAACCAGCCAAAGGGAGGUCAACAUCAACAAGUUCCAAACUUGCAACAGCUCCAACAGCUCCAGCAGCUCCAGCAGCUCCAACAGAUCAAAGGGUUUCAAGAUCUGAAGCUGCCUCCUCAGUUCAAGGACCUGAAUAUGCCUUUCAAGGACCAGAGCCAGAGCCAGAGCCAGAAGACAGUGAAGUUCAAUUUGCCUGUGGAGGAUUUGGGUGAUGAUGAUUUUGAUGAGUAUGAAGACGACGACGACGAUGACUAUGAAGAUGAGUACGAUGAUGCUCUGGAUGAUGCACACCACGCUCUCAGUAAAACGAAGCCCGUGAUGGGGAGUGGUCAGGGGCUCCUGGGUCAAAAUUUCAUGUUCAAUGGGAUGAUGAAUGGUAAUAAUCCACAGAUGAUGAAUGUGCAGAAGGGAGGGAAUGCUGGUGGAAAUGUAGGGAACAAUGGAUAUAAUGGCAAGAAAGGCAGUGGGGGCGGCGGUGGCAGUGGCGGAGGUGGAGGUGCGGGGAUGCCUGCUCAGAUGAGUGGUGGUGGAAGUGGUGGUAAGAAAGGAAAAGGUGGCGGUGGUGCCGGAGGAAAUCAAAACCAAGCUGGUGGAGGUGGAGGGAAAAAUGGAGGUGGGGGAUUGCCUCAAGAUGCCAGAACUGGUAAUAAUGGUGGUGGUGGUGGGUCUAAUAACAAGAGUGGUCAGAAUGGUGGUCAUAAUGUCAACAGUAAUGGCAAAAAGGGAGGAGGAGGAGGAGGAGUGGGCAGCGGCGGGGGGGAGGAGGAAAGUGAAGUGUUGAACUCUAUGAUCCAUGGUAAUUUCCACAAUGGGGGACCAAAAGGCAUGGCCAUGGGAAAUGGAAAUUUAGGGCAAAUGAGUGGAAUGAACAUCCCGAUGGGCCAAAUGGGCAAUCUAUCCAUGGGUCAAAUGGGCGGCAUCCCGGCCGUCCAUGGCCUGCCCACUGGUGGAGCUGGUGGCGGCCCUUACUUCCAGGGCACCACCGGCCAGGCGGCGGUCAUCCCUGGCAACCCGUAUUUCCAACAGCAGCAACAGCAGCAACAGCAGCCACUGCAGCAGCAGCAGCAGCAGCAACAGCAACAGCAGCAGCAGCAGCAGCAGCAGCAGCAACAACAAUACUUAGCGGCCCUUAUGAAUCAACAACGGGCAAUGGGCAACGAGCGGUUCCAACCCAUGAUGUACGCCCGGCCGCCUCCGGCCGUCAGCUACGCCCCACCUUACCCAUAUCCGUACCCACACCAGUACCCACCACCGGGGGAUCAGUUCACCCACUUCUUCAGCGAUGAGAACACAGGAAGUUGCAACGUGAUGUGAGGGAGAGUUCCUGAAAGAGAAGUGGCGCAGCCUGUGGCGAGCGGUUCUGCUGUUAGACAAUGAGGAUCGUGCAAGAUGGAAAAUGGGUUUUGAUCAGUGACCAUGACCGGAAGAAAGCUCACUGAAGCUGCUUGUCGGUGGGGGACCUUCUUCAUCAUGAAAUCGAAGGUGCUGGUUUAAUUAAUGACGAAGUGCUAGUGAACUUUUGAGGACUUGGGAGCUGCUGCUUAAAGGAUAUAUGCUUUGCUUUGUUCAUAUAAUGUUUAUAUAUGCUGCGAACAGAAUAAGAUGUUUUUGUGACAGGGGAAGUUGCGGUAAAAAAGUACCCAAGUACCCAUCUCUAUUUCAAAACUUCAAUGUUUCCUGCAAUUGAUCAUAUGCCAACAUGUCAUUCUAGCAGAG